AUGUCCUUCGACAGCGUCAUGCCGCCGUACAACGCCACGGACCCGUCGGCCUCCUUCCUCAACUCCUCCUGUCUAGACUUCCUCCUCAUCGAGCUGGUGCCCAUGGCCUUUCGCGUGACGAGGGACCUGGAAGCCGCGCCGGCCGACGCGAACGGGACCGGCGCCGGUGAUUCUGUGGCAGGAGGCGCAUCGGCUGACGCGCUAUCGUCGGUGAGCCGCAGCCAAGGCGGAGGAGCGGGCGCGGAUGGAGGUCCCGCGCCGUCGAGCGCGGAAGGCGCCGCGGGGGGUAGCACAGGCAGGAAGCUGGAUGAGGAUGAGGAGCGGGAUGCGGUGUUUUAUCGGCUCGAGACGCUGGGCUAUCGUGUUGGGCAGGGUCUAGUUGAAAGGUUCUCGAGAGACCGACCACGGUUCAACGAUACGCUCGAUGUCAUCAAGUUCGUCUGCAAAGAUCUUUGGUCACUGGUGUUUAGGAAACAGAUUGACAACCUCAAGACGAAUCACAGGGGCGUCUACGUCCUGACGGACAAUUCAUUUAAACCGUUCUCGAGGAUGAGCACAGAAGCUGGCGGGCAAGCUGUUGUUCGGGCACAGCCGUUUCUCUGGUUUCCGUGCGGAAUCGUGCGCGGCGCACUGGCGGCGUUGGGUAUCAAUGCCACCGUCCAGGCCGAGACCAACGAACUUCCGGCCGCCAUUUUCCAAAUCAAGACACUGCCGUCGAGCACAUAA